AUGGCGAAAGACAAGUCCCUCAACCCCGUCGCCGCGCAGCACAAGGCCGACAAGGCGCGCGCGCUGAAGAAGAACAAGGCCAACGUAGCCGCGCAGCGCAACGAGCGCCUGUCCAAACGCAACCCGGAGCGGCUGCAGCGGCAGAUCGACGAGCUCAAGCAGGUCGAAGAACGCGGCGGGUCCCUGCGGCCCCGGGACCGCGAGACGCUGAACAACCUGGAAAAAGAGGUGCGGGCGAUCCGCAAGGCGCGCGAGGCGCUGGGUGACCGGGCUCCGACGUUUGGUGGAGGCGGCAGGGGAGGACGGGGAGGCAGAGAGGGUGGCGGUGGCGGCAGGGGUCGAGGCGUGCUGGGGAAGAGGAGGAGGGACGGUGGGAGGGGAGGAGACGAGGAUGGUAGUGAGAGCAGCGAGACGGAUGAGGAUGUGAGGGAUAUACCCAUGCCGCGCGACACGCCGCCGCCGAUCCCGCGGAAGCCGAGAAGGGGCGCGCCGCAGGACGAGGCGCUGGCGAGGGAUGGACCGCACCCGCUGCCUUCGAAGCCUGGGUCCAGCGCGGCGGCUGCGCCGGCAGUUGAAGCGAAGACCGUGUACAGCGCUGCUCCUGUGCAUCGUGACCUGCGUAAGGAGGCCACACAGCGCUUCGUCCCAGCGGCUGUGGCUCAGAAGCUUGCGGCGGCUAAGGGGCAGACUCCGGGGAAGCUGCUUGAACCCGAGGAGCUGGAUAAGCUCGAGAAACAGGGCUACGGACAGAAGAAGGCUGCGAUUGCUCAGGAGGGAAUGGAGGACGCUGAACAAGCAGCCGAAGCGGCUACGGCGGAGGCAGAGUACAGGAUGAUGAAUGCGGCUGUGGAAGCUGGAGAAGACGUGGAUAUCGACGAGGAAGCAGCGAGAUUCGAGCGGGAAUUGAGACAAGUGGAAAUGGAGGAGGUAGAGGAUGAGGCAUUUGCGGGCUAG